AUGGUUGAAGAGAGUUCAUCCACAAAAGCAAAUAGCAGCAGAAACGGAGGUACAGGGCAUGUGACAAACACGACACUCUCAGCAGUUGGUAGCCUCAUAAAGCUUCUCCCUACAGGCACAGUCUUCGUGUUCCAGUUCCUCAACCCCGUUGUGACCAACAGCGGUCAAUGCAACGCCAUCAACAAGUGGCUCAGCGCCAUUCUCCUUGUGCUCUGUGGCUUCAGUUGCGUCUUUUCUUCCUUCACUGAUAGCUACACAGGCAGUGACAACCAGAGGCACUAUGGCUUCGUAACCCGCAAGGGACUCUGGCCUUCUCCGGCUUCCAACUCCGUUGACUUGUCAGGGCAGAGACUCGGGGUUGGGGACUUUGUGCAUGCUGUUUUAUCGUUGUUAGUGUUUGCUGUGUUGGGGCUGUUGGACACCAACACUGUGCACUGCUUCUACCCUAGUUUUGAGUCAACUCAGAAGAUUCUGCUUCAGGUGCUGCCCACAGUUAUUGGGGUGUUUGCGGGUGGGGUGUUCAUGAUUUUCCCCAAUAAUCGCCAUGGAAUAGGAUACCCUUUAACUUCUGAUUCCAACGACACCUCCCCAAAAUCCAAUGAUACUACCGACCCUGAGAAAAAAUCGAUCGACAAUGCUUAG